CGGUGCAUUCUGGGUCCUGGCAAUAUGGCGUCCUCCUUGAUGUGCUGAUGAGAUGAGUUUCCCUGUAGCUCCAAACCAGAGGGCAAAGCUCCCCUGACCCAAUAAGCCCUCAUUGUCCGUUUUCACCGUGGUUCCGUGUCGCCCGUUUCUCAGGACUCGUUCUCAGGCAGGAGAGAGCCUCGGGGCUGAAGGCCAGGACCAGCCAGGCCGCGCGGACCUGAGGUUGAGGAACCGGGUGCGGGCGAGCACGAUGGGCCGGUCCUGGCUCUGGUUGCGGCAGCUCAGACGAGUGCGGGACCCGCAGGGCUGAGAGUGGCUGGAGGAGACCCAGGGCCCUUUGAACCCGAUCCCUUGGCCGGAGACCUCGGCCCAGUGGGCGAACCGGCACCAAGAGCGGCCUGCCUGUCCUCGGAACUGCUGAGGCGUUGGAGGCCGAGAGCAGGGUCAUCGUGAGGCCUGAAGUCUCUUACGCUUUUGACAGCUCCGCUCGCAGCCCCUCUGGAAACGUGCAGCCCCAGGAGCAGCCAGUGGCUUGGGACUUGGGCUGGUGUGUGUCUGCGGAGCUUCUUGGGCUGCCCCAUUUCCUAGCGGCCCCCACCUCCCCACUUCCCGCCCAGAGUUAGAGAUAAGGAUCUCAUACUUUUUGCCUGAGUAAGGGUCUCCGCACUCUCCAUCCAUUUGUUUUUCGAUUUCCCGUUUUUCUGUUUCUUAUUUCACCAAUUCUGGUACACGCUAGUUUUUAAGGCUGGAGGUUCUUGAGCGCUUGCUGCCAAGGACUCCCCCACCCCCUCCCCCACUGAUGGAGUCCGAAAUGCUGCAGUCGCCUCUUCUGGGCCUGGGGGAGGAAGAUGAGGCUGAUCUUACAGACUGGAACCUACCUUUGGCUUUUAUGAAAAAGAGGCACUGUGAGAAAAUUGAAGGCUCCAAAUCCUUAGCUCAGAGCUGGAGGAUGAAGGAUCGGAUGAAGACAGUAAGUGUUGCCUUAGUUUUGUGCCUGAAUGUUGGUGUGGACCCUCCCGAUGUGGUGAAGACCACGCCCUGUGCGCGCUUGGAAUGCUGGAUCGAUCCUCUGUCGAUGGGUCCUCAGAAAGCUCUGGAAACCAUCGGUGCAAAUUUACAGAAGCAGUACGAGAACUGGCAGCCAAGGGCCCGGUACAAGCAGAGCCUUGACCCAACUGUGGAUGAAGUCAAGAAGCUCUGCACGUCCCUACGUCGCAACGCCAAGGAGGAGCGAGUCCUCUUUCACUACAAUGGCCACGGGGUGCCCCGGCCCACAGUGAACGGGGAGGUCUGGGUCUUCAACAAGAACUACACGCAGUACAUCCCUCUGUCCAUAUAUGACCUGCAGACAUGGAUGGGCAGCCCGUCGAUCUUCGUCUAUGACUGCUCCAACGCUGGCUUGAUCGUCAAGUCCUUCAAGCAGUUCGCACUACAGCGGGAGCAGGAGCUGGAGGUAGCUGCAAUCAACCCAAAUCACCCUCUUGCUCAGAUGCCUUUGCCUCCGUCAAUGAAAAACUGCAUCCAGCUGGCAGCCUGCGAGGCCACCGAGCUGCUGCCCAUGAUCCCUGACCUCCCGGCUGACCUGUUCACCUCCUGCCUCACCACCCCCAUCAAGAUCGCCCUGCGCUGGUUUUGCAUGCAGAAAUGUGUCAGUCUGGUGCCUGGCGUCACACUGGAUUUGAUAGAAAAGAUCCCUGGCCGCCUGAACGACAGGAGGACGCCCCUGGGUGAGCUGAACUGGAUCUUCACAGCCAUCACAGACACCAUCGCAUGGAACGUGCUCCCUCGGGAUCUCUUCCAAAAGCUCUUCAGACAGGACUUACUGGUGGCUAGUCUGUUCCGAAAUUUUUUAUUGGCGGAAAGGAUUAUGAGGUCGUACAACUGCACUCCCGUCAGCAGCCCGCGUCUGCCGCCCACGUACAUGCAUGCGAUGUGGCAAGCCUGGGACCUGGCUGUCGACAUCUGUCUGUCCCAGCUGCCGACGAUCAUCGAGGAAGGCACUGCGUUUCGGCACAGCCCGUUCUUUGCCGAGCAGCUGACCGCUUUCCAGGUGUGGCUCACCAUGGGCGUGGAGAACCGGAACCCGCCGGAACAGCUGCCCAUCGUCCUGCAGGUGCUGUUAAGCCAAGUGCACCGGCUGAGAGCAUUGGACUUGCUUGGAAGAUUUUUGGACCUGGGUCCCUGGGCAGUGAGCCUGGCCUUGUCUGUCGGCAUCUUCCCCUACGUGCUGAAGCUGCUCCAGAGCUCGGCCCGAGAGCUGCGGCCACUUCUCGUUUUCAUCUGGGCCAAGAUCCUCGCAGUGGACAGCUCGUGCCAGGCGGACCUCGUGAAGGACAACGGCCACAAGUACUUCCUGUCGGUCCUGGCGGACCCCUACAUGCCAGCCGAACACAGGACCAUGACGGCUUUCAUUCUCGCCGUGAUCGUCAACAGCUACAACACGGGGCAGGAAGCCUGCCUUCAGGGAAACCUCAUUGCCAUCUGCCUGGAGCAGCUCAACGACCCGCACCCCUUGCUGCGCCAGUGGGUGGCCAUCUGCCUCGGCAGGAUCUGGCAGAACUUCGACUCGGCGAGGUGGUGCGGCGUGAGGGACAGCGCUCACGAGAAGCUCUACAGCCUCCUGUCCGACCCCAUUCCCGAGGUCCGCUGCGCGGCGGUCUUUGCCCUUGGCACGUUCGUGGGCAACUCUGCAGAGAGGACGGACCACUCCACCACCAUUGACCACAACGUGGCCAUGAUGCUGGCCCAGCUGGUCAGCGACGGGAGCCCCAUGGUCCGGAAGGAGCUGGUGGUGGCUCUGAGUCAUCUCGUGGUCCAGUACGAAAGCAAUUUCUGCACCGUGGCCCUGCAGUUCAUAGAAGAGGAAAAGAACUACCCCUUGCCUUCUCCAGUGACCACAGGUACGGCGUCUCCUAGCCUCCGCUCACGUCUGAGUCUCCCUGAGCUGCGCAGCUCCUGCGUUCACAUUCGUUCCAGCACAGGUAGCAGCUGCCGUCACCGAGUGUCCCAGCUGCUGAGUGGCGCGGUGGCGUUCUCCCCUGGAAACCUCAGCACCAGCAGCAGUGCCAGCAGUACCCUGGGCAGCCCCGAGAAUGAGGAGCACAUCCUGUCCUUCGAGACCAUCGACAAGAUGCGCCGCGCCAGCUCCUACUCCUCCCUCAACUCCCUCAUCGGAGUUUCUUUUAAUAGCGUUUACACUCAGAUUUGGAGAGUCCUGCUGCACCUGGCUGCUGACCCCUAUCCAGAGGUCUCAGACGUGGCCAUGAAAGUGCUCAACAGCAUCGCCUAUAAGGCCACCGUGAAUGCCCGGCCGCAACGCGUCCUGGACACCUCCUCCCUCACACAGUCGGCCCCUGCCAGCCCCACCAACAAGGGUGUGCACAUCCACCAGGCGGGGGGCUCCCCUCCAGCGUCCAGCACCAGCAGCUCCAGCCUGACCAAUGACGUGGCCAAGCAGCCGGUCAGCCGAGACCUGCCUUCUGGCCGGCCGGGCACCACAGGCCCCGCGGGGGCGCAGUACACCCCUCACUCCCACCAGUUCCCCCGGACACGGAAGAUGUUCGACAAGGGCCCAGAGCAGACUGCGGAUGAUGCAGACGAUGCUGCUGGACACAAAAGCUUCAUCUCCGCCACGGUGCAGACGGGGUUCUGUGACUGGAGUGCCCGCUAUUUCGCCCAGCCCGUCAUGAAGAUCCCGGAAGAGCACGACCUGGAGAGUCAGAUCCGCAAGGAGCGGGAGUGGCGGUUCCUGCGAAACAGCCGCGUCAGGAGGCAGGCCCAGCAAGUCAUCCAGAAGGGCAUUACGAGAUUGGACGACCAAAUAUUUCUGAACAGGAACCCCGGCGUCCCCUCUGUGGUGAAAUUCCACCCCUUCACGCCGUGCAUCGCCGUCGCCGACAAGGACAGCAUCUGCUUUUGGGACUGGGAGAAAGGGGAGAAACUGGACUAUUUCCACAAUGGGAACCCUCGGUACACAAGGGUCACUGCCAUGGAGUAUCUGAACGGCCAGGACUGCUCACUCCUGCUGACGGCCACAGACGAUGGUGCCAUCAGGGUCUGGAAGAAUUUUGCUGAUUUGGAAAAGAACCCAGAGAUGGUGACCGCGUGGCAGGGGCUCUCGGACAUGCUGCCAACAACGCGAGGAGCCGGGAUGGUGGUGGACUGGGAGCAGGAGACCGGCCUCCUCAUGAGCUCGGGGGACGUGCGGAUCGUCCGGAUCUGGGACACAGACCGUGAGAUGAAGGUGCAGGACAUCCCCACGGGCGCAGACAGCUGCGUGACGAGUCUGUCCUGUGAUUCCCACCGCUCACUCAUCGUGGCUGGCCUCGGUGAUGGCUCCAUCCGCGUCUACGACAGAAGGAUGGCACUCAGCGAAUGCCGCGUCAUGACGUACCGGGAGCACACAGCCUGGGUGGUGAAGGCCUCCCUGCAGAAGCGCCCCGACGGCCACAUCGUGAGCGUGAGCGUCAACGGAGACGUGCGCAUCUUUGAUCCCCGGAUGCCCGAGUCGGUGAAUGUGCUUCAGAUCGUGAAGGGGCUGACAGCCCUGGACAUCCACCCCCAGGCGGACCUGAUUGCAUGUGGCUCCGUCAAUCAGUUCACCGCCAUCUACAACGGGGGCGGCGAGCUGAUCAACAACAUCAAGUACUACGACGGCUUCAUGGGCCAGCGGGUCGGCGCCAUCAGCUGCCUGGCCUUCCACCCACACUGGCCUCACCUGGCCGUGGGAAGCAACGACUACUACAUCUCCGUGUACUCAGUGGAGAAGCGCGUCAGAUAGCGGCGUGACCCGGCCCGCCAGGCCACGGCCGCCUGCUGUACAUAGUGAACCUGCCACUUGCCGGGGCGCGGGGUGUCGGCUGCUGCGGCCCCGCGGUGUGAACGUUGGCUGCUGCCUUAGCUGCUGAUGACGGCAGGAGGGCCCUGCUACUCGCUUUUGUCUGUCUUCGCUGUCGUGUCCGGAACGUCAGGGACAGGGAGGGCUUAGGUUGACGGUGGCUUCCCACUGAGCACCAGCAUCCAGGUGCACCCCCGCGGCCGCAGCGCGUCUGUCCCUCUCCUGUUCUGUGUUUCUCUGAGACGUUGAAAGGGGAAACACUUCAUUUUAUUUCCAUGUAAUCAGAGCAUUAGCUGCAGCAAAACCCCCAGACAGCCCUGGAGGAGAGGCAGGCGCUGGGGCUCCCGCGGGUCCCUGGAGCAGCCGUCCCCAUCAGGCCAAGAGCGAGCGAGAGGUGCUGCCCCAGCCAGGCCCACCGCCUCUCACAGUCAGUGCACACAAGCAGGGACAUUUCCUAGCCGGCUGGGGCACACUGGAAAUUCGGGAAACCAAGAGAGGGGAAGAAGGAGACGCCCCUCUAGCUGGCGGUAUGAGGAAAGCCGCGGGCCGGGCUGUCCUUGGCCGCUGGCCGCAUCACUGAACGGGAGGAGUGCAGUGCGUCCUCCACAGUCCACGCUCCCUGCACCUCCAGGUCUCUAGACUAGUUUUGGCCCCUCACGCAGAGCUGUCAGCAGGGGCCUGUGUGGCCGCGCACAGGAGAGGCAGGUCCUUGGCAGUGUAGCCCCUGCCUUAAUCCACAGGGCUCCUUUCCCUCCGAAGGGCUGCUCUUCCCCGCACGCGCAGGGGCGGCGGCCCGGCCUGUGGUCUCCGUGCCUGUGCCCACACACGGGUGUAGCACACGCAUGUGCGGGCACCACGGCUGGCACCCUGGGGGCACACAUGCAGGCGGCGUGGUCUCCCUGCUCUGUCCGCACACGUUCAUCACACACAGGUGAGAGGCACUGCCGGGUCCUAGACGGCUCUGGGUGACACCAGCCCCAUCUCCAGCCCUGAGUCGCCCAUGCUGAUGCGACCUUAGCUUGCAGCUGGGCCUGUGGUGCAGACAGGAGCUGUGUGGACAGUCCCGCCCAGGAGGGGCCUCAGGGCAUGUGCGAGCAGUUUUGCAAACAGAACACAACCACAAUGAUGGUAUUUUGAAAAGCAUUUUUUCCAUGUUCGUUGGGAAUCAGGAUUAUUGAGAGGUGGAGGAGCCAAGUGGCUUCACUGUGGCGGUAAGAGGCCCAUGACCACGGGAGUGAGACUGGGCGUGGCGAGGCCCAGCUCCCCUGUAGUGUGACUGGCAUCCUGCCGUGGCCAAGAGCAUCUUCUGGGUGGAUGGAACCCUGCCUGGCUGCGUUUGGUCAGAAACACCUGGUCUUCAGGAGGCUGAGCUGGGGCUGGCCGGGACAUGACAAGGUGGGACAGAGGCGGCCCCUCCACUGCUCUUUUUUGGAAUGUGAGCUCCCACCAGAAGAAGGUUCCGGCACGAAUCCCAUCCCCACGUCUGGGCCGAGCGAGCAGACCAGGUCCGGAAAGUGUAGAGAGCCCCGACCCCCACAAGUCCCGGCCUCACUCAGCUCACAGGGCAUGCCAGGCGGCAACACCAGAAUCUUCCAGAAGCCCAGCUCCACCCGCACACACAGCUUCCCAUCCAGUCCUUCAACUCGAUUCUUACCUAACACGCGUUUCUGUUUGUUUUGAGACAAAACCACCACCUGUCAAAAGGCAGGUGGCUCCAGAGGGGACAAGACCCUCCUGCGCCCGCUCCGCCCUGGAGCCACCCCCACGGGCUCCGCGUGCCACCUGCACGUGGGCUGUCUUCACAGGUCUGAUGCGGAAAUUCAAUCACGACGUUAACCAGGGCUCGAGAGAGCGCCGGCCUAAAGGCUCCUUAUCUCUAUUUAUUUUACCAAAUGCGAAUUGAGAAAGACUUUGACAAAACACAAAAUGGCAAUGUGAAGCUAAGAGCAGGACAAACAGUAAACAACACGCGCAGAC